CUAGACACCGGAUGUGCUUUGUUAAAGGUUGUGAUUGGACGGUACGAAAAAAACUGAAUAUUUCGAGUUUGGCAACUGAACUGUGUGGAACAGAAGAAGUCAAUGUGUCAGGACAAUGGAGAAGGUUCUGUGCAAUGUUCACGGCAGCGUGUGUAUGUUAAAGACCGGCGUCAAGGAUGGACCGCGUAAAGGCAAGAGCUUCUACGUCUGCGUUGCCCAGCAAGGCUGUGAUUUCAGUCAACUGGCCAGAGUCUCACCGUCCCACUGCCUCCGUCAUGAGGAUUCAACGGUGGAGCUCCAAGCUCUCACCUACAGUCAGCAGCAGCAGAGCCUCAGAUUAUUCUACCGGUGUGUUUUAGGUAAAAAAGCAGGCCAGCGGUGGUGUGGAAACGUGCCUUGGACUGCGCCAGACAAAGAAAAUAGAAGCCCUCUACCCGACACACAGCCACAGCCCUCGUGCCUGCCACCUGUCCGAAACCCCUUCAAGUCCCAAUGCAAGCAGGACAAGGUCUCUGAGUGGGGAAGGAUGCAGAGUGGUGGAGGCAACGAGAAGGGAAGAGACGAGAAAGACAGCGAGGCCAGUCGCAAUGCCGAAGGAAGAGAAAGUUAUCGGAAAGAUAGUGUGAAGUGCGUAGGGGCAGUGGAAGAAGAGGAGGAAGAGAAGCUGGAUUCACUGGACGCCUACCGAGGCAAACCGCUUCCGCCGGGCAUGAAGUUAAAGAAAAGAGUUUCGGAGGAGGAGAGGAACGUGGAGAAGCUGACAGAUGAGGUGCCAAACAAGACCGAGGAGAACCACACCAAGCAGGGCAAAACAGAAAAGGCUAUUUCUUCUAUGAACAAAACCUCGCAGGAUCCUCGAAAGGACUUGCCACAGCAGCAACCGGCUGCUGCUGAAACCUGUGUGGUGAAACCAUCCGACUCUACGCUAAAAGAGAGCGUCUCUGAAUCAGCACCCAGCAGCAGCAGAGGCAGCAUCACCCAGGCUCCCAGAGACCCUGUCAACACCACAUCUAACAAACCAACACAGCCUGAGGCCAGUCAAAACAAAAAUCACCACGACGACGAUGAUGAUGUCGUGUUGGUGUCAGUGAAACCUGCCGCUCCGAAAACUCCCCCAGUUGCUGCGGUCCAAAAAACCCUCACCACCUUCCCGGGAUUUCAGCCAGCUUCUAAAGUCAAAGGUCAACAGGGGGACCCCAGGGGGCUGCACAGUCUGCUCUCUUCUCAGCUUCAACAGAAAAAGGCCACUCUGUCUGUGGUGAAUGUGGCCGCUUUGCCAGACAAAGGUCAGAGAUUGAAGACUCAGGUCAAGGAGCUGGAAGAAGCACUGGAGUCUCUGCGCCUCACUGGCGCUUCUCAGCCGGAGUCCCAGGGUGGAUGUGACGGCAGCGAUGCGAGUGCCGGUAGCAGUCAGACCAUCCCGUUCAGCCGACAGGGGGGCACCAUCCUGCUCCCGGCCCCUCCGGCCCCCGGCCCCUCUCAGCACCAGGCCUCCGGCAGCUCCCUGGGCCUCCAGAUGAGCCAGGACUACACCCAGAUGUACGGAGCAAACCCGCAGGCUCAGGCCUUUUACGGUGGCAGGAUGACCAACGACCGCAUGCUUGCGGUGAAGAACGCCACCUGCGAGGCCAUCGACCACCUCCACAAAUCCCUGGAGUCCUGCCCCGACGCCGAGGCGGAGGUCCCAGACCCCAGGGGCAUCAAGGUGUUGCUCCUGGCCCAUCAAAGGAGAGCGUUGGCCUGGCUGCUCUGGAGAGAAGCCCAGAAUCCCUGCGGAGGAAUUCUGGCGGAUGACAUGGGACUUGGGAAAACCCUGACCAUGAUCGCUCUCAUACUCACCAAGAAGAUCAAGGCCAAAGAGGAGGAUGGAAAGAAGGAGAAAAAGAAACUGGAGAAGUGGAUCUCCAAAACUGACUCGAGCCUUGUGGUCUCUAAAGGAACUCUGAUCAUCUGCCCCGCCUCCCUGGUUCACCACUGGAAGAAGGAGAUCGAGAGACACGUGAAGAACGGCAGGCUGACGGUGUGUCUGUACCACGGCCCCAACCGAGAGAGAAGUGCCGAAGUGCUGGCAGAUCACGACGUGGUGGUGACCACAUACAGUUUGGUGUCUAAGGAGAUCCCAGUGCAGAAGGAGGAUGCCGAGAGACCGGCCAAGGAUUCUGAUAAUGUGCCGCUGCACUCGGCUCCUCUUCUGCGAGUGGCCUGGGCCCGCGUGGUUCUCGACGAAGCCCACAACAUCAAAAACCCCAAAGUGCAGACGUCCAUGGCCGUCUGUCAGCUGAGGGCCGGCGCCCGCUGGGCGGUCACUGGCACGCCCAUCCAGAACAACCUGCUGGACAUGUACUCGCUGCUCAAGUUCCUGCGUUGCUCUCCGUUUGACGAGUACAAACUCUGGAAAGCUCAGGUGGACAACGGCUCUAACAGAGGCCGAGAGAGGCUGAACCUCCUGACGAGGAGCCUGCUGCUCCGACGGACCAAAGACCAAAUGGACUCCACGGGAAAACCACUGGUGUCUCUUCCGAGUCGGACCUGCGAGAUACAUCGACUCAAACUGUCUGAGGACGAGAAGGCGGUGUAUGAUGUGGUCUUUGCCCAGUCAAGAUCCACUCUGCAGAACUACCUGAAGAGACACGAAGGGAACGAGGAGAAGAAGGGGAACAAGUCCACUUCUAAUCCCUUCGACAAAGUGGCCCAGGAGUUCGGUGUGUCCCAGCCUCAACCAGCUGCGUCCAGUUCCCAGCAGGCGUCCAGCACCGUCCACAUCCUGUCCCUGCUGCUGCGCCUCCGACAGUGCUGCUGUCAUCUGUCCCUCCUGCAGAAGACUCUCGACUCGUCGGAGCUGCAGGGUGACGGGAUUGUCUUGUCCCUGGAGGAGCAGCUCAACGCCCUGUCGCUCUCCGCCGGCCCCUCGCCGUCGGGCCCGGACCCCAAAGACACGGUGGCCCUCAACGGCACCCGCUUCCCCUCACAGCUGUUUGAGGACGCCCGUGAGAGCACCAAGAUUGCUGCUAUUGUCUCUGAGCUGAAGGAAAUCAGACAGAAGGGCGACGAUCAGAAAAGUGUGAUUGUGUCCCAGUGGACCAGCAUGUUGAGGAUCGUCGCAGUUCACCUGAGGCACAUGGACCUGAGGUACGCCGUCAUUGACGGCUCCGUCAACCCCAAGCGUCGCAUGGACCUGGUGGAAGAAUUCAACACGAACCCCAAGGGGCCACAGGUGAUGCUGGUUUCUCUUUGUGCCGGAGGCGUCGGUCUCAACCUGAUUGGUGGGAAUCACCUCUUCCUCAUUGACAUGCACUGGAAUCCAGCCUUGGAGGAUCAGGCCUGUGACCGAAUCUAUAGAGUCGGACAAAGGAAAGAUGUCACCAUCCACAGGUUUGUGUGUGAGGACACGGUGGAGGAGAAGAUCUCCACACUGCAGGUGAAGAAGAAGGAGCUGGCGCAAAACGUGCUGUCGGGAACAGGAAGCACCGUCACCAAACUCUCCCUGGCUGAUCUCAGAAUCAUUUUUGGCGUCUGAGAACUGAAACACCGCUGUGCCAAACCUACAGCUACUACAGCUGCUCAUAUACAUAUUGAACUAACCUAAUAAGAUUCAGCUAAUAAAGAGCAGAAUUUUUUUUUCUCCAUCGUAACGGCUCUACAAAUUGUUAUUGGGCCGAAUGUGCCGUACUAUGUCAUUUCAGUCUUCCGUAACUGUUCUUCAAUGAUUUCAGGUCUGCCAUUUCAUUCACAUACAUGCUGCUUUUGACUCUAACAUAAACUGUUUCCGUCGGGCUUAACGGCUACAACUGCAGAUACUGCGGCAAGUAGAAAUCAAAUUCCUCAACUCAAAACGUGCAGACUACAAUCAUCAUACAGCUUCUAAACAUAGACUACAAAUACAUAUAUUGCCUGGAAAGUUUUUUGUUCCAAAAUUACGCUUUACAACACUUUUCUCAUGAUUUUAUGUGCCAUGCUACACUAAGUGUGGCAAAUAAUUAAGAAAUAUUUUAAGGUGUGUGUGUGUGUAUACAUAUGUAUCCUAAUUGGGUCACCUCAAAGGGAGGCACCGAUUUUGAUUUUACUCUUUGUGUCAUUUGUUGGAUUUUUUUUACUUUAAAGAUUUGCUCUUUUUUUUUUUAAAUCAGUUAAUGUGAUGCUGUUUGAAUAAACUUGUGUCAAUGA